AUGGCCGGUAGGCGUGGCUCAACCCGCGGCCGAGGACGUGGUCGGGGACACGGUCGAGGGCGCGGUGCUGGGACAACUGCCGGUUCAAAGAGGCCCAGGUUUGAGGAUGACAGCGAAAACGAGGCCGUUACUCCACGACCAACAUACAAGGGAAAUGCACCUCUGUUGGUUUUUUUAUUCGUCCGGCGCCAAUUCUGGAUUGACAUCGACGGGAAGACCAAGAAAUUUCAAGCCAUGAGGAGCGCGCCACCCGAUAUGCCUAAGUGGAAUAAACCGGCUAUGCCACAAACCCCGGUUGGAAUGACGUUUGACCUUGAGCAUAAGGAAAUCACUACUAGGGGCAAGGACAACGUACUCGCCUUAGUACGUCAAGCAUACACGAGGGUCUCUCUGUCGCCACGUCUCCAGGCUCCAUAUCACAGGUUCAUAGACAGCGGAGGCGCAACUAUUGCCUCGGAAAGUUUCUGUCUGGAUGAAGACUAUAAGUCCAAGACCUUUCUUCUCUCAACGAUGCCCUCGUCGCGUAUGGCGAGGAAAUGGCGAAAUGGAGAGAAGCUCGUGCCGCGUGGGAGAAGGAAUGUAUUGAAAAGGAAUGGGAAGCAGGCAACUCUGCUAUCUUUCGCAAGGCACUUCCGGGCGAUAUACUUGAGAUUUGCGCAAAUGCUGCGAAAUGAUGCCGCCACCCGCGAAUUUCUCGGUAAAUCGAAGGACCUCACUGUGUCAAAGUUCUGCAAGAAGCUCAACAUACUCAAUGCCGACGAGUUGCACACUAAGGGCUGGUUGCACGCCGAUGGGAAUAGAUCGCUUGGCAACAUGAUCCGAGUGGAUUUUGAUCAAACCAAAUUUCCCUGGGGCGUCUCCUUCGCGAAGUUGGUUGAAGUACUGCGUGCAGACUGGGAUGACCGCAGCGGAAGCCUCGCACCGAAAUUCAAGGUCACCCCGAAGCUUAUUUAUUCGAAGGAAGCACGCGCAUGUCUAGUCAGGAUAGAGGAGACCUACUUCGCCAGCCCAAACCUGAUCAACAAGGAUCUGCUGGAUUGGCCGUUGGAUGAAUGGGGGCCCUUAGUCUCGAAGCUUUACAAUAAGGUCAUCGCUGGCUCGGAAUCCGUGCUCUAG